UAUUUUUGUUUUGUUUUACAGACAAUGGGUUCUAUGCCAAGAAUAUCAGUUGUUAAGGGUCAGCAACAACAUUUGAGUCCUAGACCACUCUACAGAAUUUUUGAAGAAAAUUUAAUAUUACAUCAUGCUGAGAAGACGGCUCUCAUUUUUAAUGAUAACCUCGGCACUAACACAAUACAAACUCCUCGCCUUACCAGUUAUGAUCAAAUGAAUCGUAGUGCAAAUCAAUGUGCACGUUUGCUAGUUAACCGAAAUUGCUUUGCUCAAUCCAACAGUGAUGGUGACUAUAUAAUUGCAGUUUGUAUGCAGCCAUCAGAUGCUUUGGUAAUAACAUUGUUAUCAAUAUGGAAAAGUGGUGCCGCUUACUUGCCAAUCGAUCCUUCCUUCCCCGCAAAUCGUAUACAACAUAUAUUACAGGAGGCUCGACCAAUAUUAGUUAUACAUGAUGACAACAUUGCUGAAUCCAGAUUUGGUUUAACGCCUACAAUAAGCGCCUCAGAAUUAUUCAAUAAAUCAGCUGAACUCGACCAUGCCAAUUUAUUAUCCGAAGAAAUGUUGGGAGGAAGUAAUACAAAUCUAGCAAUUGUGCUAUAUACAUCAGGUAGCACAGGUAUUCCAAAAGGUGUACGAUUACCACAUGAUGUUAUUUUGAAUCGUUUGCAGUGGCAAUGGAGAGUUUUUCCAUAUACUACUGAUGAAAAAGUGGGAGUUUUUAAGACUGCACUCACUUUCGUUGAUUCCGUUUCUGAACUUUGGGGUCCCCUUAUGUGUGGUCUCGCUAUUUUAGUUGUACCGAAAGCAAUUACCAAAAAUCCUGAAAAACUUGUAGACAUUUUAGAAAUGUAUAAAAUACGUCGAUUGGUCCUUGUACCGACAUUGUUGCGUUCAUUACUUAUGUAUUUAAACUUGGGUAAUAAAAGAAAUCAAAGUACAAAACUAUUGUACAACCUUCAGAUUUGGGUGUGCUCUGGUGAGCCACUGGCACAUUCGUUAGCGCUGAACUUUUUUGACUAUUUUGAGGAAGGAGUGCACACACUUUUUAAUUUUUAUGGUUCAACUGAAGUCAUGGGGGAUGUUACGUUUUUCACCUGCGAAAGCAAAAAACAACUAUCUUCCUACGAUCACAAGGAUAUGGUAAAUAUUAGUGGAUGCAUGUCAAAAGGCAAACGAGACUUAGGAACACCUCUAACGGAUGUUAGCUUUACAGACUGUUUACAGACAGAACAGGUAUUAGUGGCUUUAUUUUCUGCUUAUAUACGUGUAAAUCCUAAGCCGUUUUAA